UUGGCGUAUUAAGAGCUCUGAAAAGCGACGUGGACGUGCUAGUGGAGAGAAAACCCGCAAGACAGGAAUAGGGCAGUAGUGGGUAUUAACACAGUCACCAUGGACCAGGUUAUGCAGUUCGUUGAACCCAGUCGUCAGUUUGUGAAGGACUCUAUUAGACUUGUCAAAAGGUGUACAAAGCCAGACCGAAAAGAAUUUCAGAAGAUUGCCAUGGCAACAGCAAUUGGUUUUGCAAUUAUGGGAUUCAUUGGCUUUUUCGUGAAACUUAUCCACAUCCCCAUCAACAACAUAAUUGUUGGUGGUUAAACCUCUUACCUGCUGAAAGAUUAUGACCUGACCUACAAAUGUGGACUGGAGAGGAGAGAAGAAGGGCGGGAUGGGUUUGAGGGGCUGAUUUUUACAUUUGUUGUAUAUUUGUGUUUGUUAAUAAAUUUGGGAGACAAAUUAAA